AUGCAACUGACCAAUACUGUGCGCGGAAAGGUUGAACAGCCGGCUCCAAUUGUAGUAGAGGAGCUAUGCGAUGCACAAACUGACGUGCUUUUGAAGACAACCAGCAAUAAGACAAGCCGUAUCGCUGAGUCUGCCGAGAAGUUGCCUGGGAGGAUUGGGCGCAUUCAAUAUGGGUCUUCAAUCACACAGGUUCUCCUUACCAUUUUUCCUGUCCUCUUCAUUGCACUUGCUUCAACGGCAAUUCACCUAGAUAAGAAGCAAACUUCUCGGACUGGAGAGCAAACACAACGCGCGAUUUCACUAUCGCCAACUGUUUUCCCAAUUGUAUUUGCUGCAAUCACCCUGGAGAGCCUGAUCGGGUCGCAAACGCUCUUCAGUGCCAUUGAAAAGCAAGUCGUAUUACGACGUCAGAUUCUGGUUGGAGGGACCAUCAUUCUACUCUGGGCACUUUCACCUUUGGGCGGCCAGUCAGCACUUCGACUCAUCCAGGUUAUCCCUCACUACAUUUCUACGAACUCCACAAUUCGGUACCUCCCGAUCGCUGCUUCGCAUAACUCGCUUUUGAAAUCCUACGACUUAUCUUUGGAAUUUCGACCUUCCUAUGACCCGAUAUUCAUGGCUUGCCUGAUUACCUCGCACCAGUACAAGUCGAGCCAGGAUCUGUUUGGCAAUGUGAAAGUACCAAGUGUCGACCGAUUGGAAGGGGGAUUGUCCAUGGCACCGAAUGAAUGGAUGAAGCUUGAUCACAGUCAAGACAUUCCGUACUCCUCAUUACUUGGCAUUCCUGUCGUAGGAAUACCUUCCAGUGGAAAUCUGUCAUUCGAUAUUGUAAGCAGAUACAUGGCGAUUGACUGCCCAACCCUAGAGUAUGUUCCAAACAGUUUUAUAUACCAGGAAAAUGACACCAAGGAAUACACAUGGGAUAACGGCCAAAGCUUCAUUGUUCAACCAGGCUACGAACCAGAAGACGAGGCUUCUCAUCGUUUCAACAUCAUCUCGGCCAAUAGCUGGCGAUUCGAAGAUGGCAUCAGUGUGGUCACUUGUUCGAUGGAACCUAGGGACUUGCAAUCAACCAUUUCUUGCAGAGAUCAUACAUGCCAAGUUACAGCCGUGAGAAAGCUGACGAUCGAUAAGUCUUGGGUGGAAGACAAUUUGGAGGCCCUCAAUCACGCCCUUGAUCUGCUGCCGCGUGUGGCCAAAGCAACCAUUAUUAAUGACACCCUGCUCAGAAGCUCCUUGAUAGAGCGGUGGCUUCAGAACCCUGAUUCUUCUUAUUAUGAACACGGCCAGAAAGGCUAUGUCAAUCUUUCGGCAGUUCCAAAGUCAGUCUUGAGCAAGAACGUCGAAGUCUUGAUCAAUACCUAUUGGCAAUCCAGUAUUGGCACCCAGUAUCUGUUCGGCAAUCUCAGUACGGACAUGAUUUUAUACAACAACAUUUCAGAUGCUGAAGGCAGUGCACCAGUCAUCGACUUCAAUACCAGCCAGGUCACUAUUUCUGCAGCCAGGGGCAAGCAGUAUACUUGUAACAUGACAUUUGCUGCAAUGCUAAUCAUCAUAUCUACUAUCCUGCUUCUCAUUAGCGCUACAUCCCUCGCCCUAGCAGGUUGGACUCUUGCCCCGGACUUUCUUGGCCACGUUUCUUCACUCACGAGAGACAAUCCCUUUAUACCGUGUGCCGAAGGGUCGCAUCUGGAUGGGCUAGAAAGGGCAAGAGCAUUGAGAAGCUUGGAAGUCACCAUUGGAGACGUUGGUAGUAGAUCCAAGGAUGGUUACAUUGCAUUCACAAUGACUGCCAAUGCACGAAAGCUGCAGAGGAAUAGGCUAUAUCGUUAA